GAAAGGCCGGCCACGACACCCCCGGUCCGCGGAAGGGCCGGCCACGCCGGGCCACGCCACCCCCGGGCCACGGAAAGGCCUUCUACGCUACCCCCGGGCCCCGAAGAGGCCGGCCUCGCCGGGCCACGCCAACCCCGGGCCCUGGAUAGGCCGGCCUCGCCGGGCCACGCAACCCCCAGACCACAGAACGGCCUACCACGUCACCCCCCGGCCGCGGAAAGGCCGGCCACGCCACCCCCGGGCACCGGAGAGGCUGGCCACGCCAGGCCACGUCACCCCCGGCCCCCAGAAAGACCGUCCACACAACCCCCUGGCCCCGGAGAGGCCGGCCACGCCUGGCCACGCCUCCCGCGGGCCCCGGAAUGGCCUACCACGCCACCACCGGGACCCGCAAAG